GUCUGUGUCAGUUAGUGGUGCAAGAUGGCUCUAAAAGCGCUCGUAGGUCAAAAGAUUAUGAAUGAGGUGAUCCGCUAUCGCGGUCCCAAAGGCAAGGAGUCACAAAGAAUAGAAUGGCGGAUACUCAUCGUAGACAAGCUCUCAAUGCGCAUGGUGUCUGCCUGCUGCAAAAUGCAUGACAUCUCUGCUGAAGGCAUUACUUUGGUUGAAGAUAUUGACAAAAAGCGGGAGCCUCUUUGCACCAUGGAUGGCAUUUACCUCAUCACUCCAACUGAAAAGUCAGUACUUGCUCUCAUCAAUGACUUUUCAGUUGGCAAUCGAAUUAUGUACAAGGCGGCGCAUGUCUUCUUCACGGAAGUAUGCCCCGAGGAACUCUUCAAUGAACUGUGCAAGUCGACUGCGGCUAGAAAAAUUAAAACAUUGAAGGAGAUUAAUAUUGCCUUCCUGCCUUAUGAGAGCCAGGUGUUCUCGCUCGAUUCGUCGGAGACAUUCCACUGCAUGUACAACCCAGCACAGGCGCAGACUCGCAACGCUAAUAUGGAACGCAUCGCGGAGCAAAUUGCCACUUUGUGCGCCACACUUGGAGAGUAUCCAUCGGUGCGAUAUCGCAGUGACUGGGAGCGAAAUGUGGAACUUGCUCAACUUAUUCAACAGAAGCUUGACGCUUACAAGGCCGACGAACCAACUAUGGGCGAAGGUCCGGAAAAAGCUCGCUCUCAAUUGCUAGUGCUGGACCGUGGCUUCGACUGCGUUUCCCCACUUCUUCAUGAAUUGACCUUACAAGCUAUGGCCUAUGACCUUCUGCCUAUUGAAAAUGAUGUUUACAGAUAUGAAGCAUCUCAAGGUCAGGUGAAGGAGGUACUGCUUGACGAGAACGACGAGCUGUGGGUGGAGCUGCGUCACCAGCACAUCGCGGUGGUCUCCACCUCCGUCACCAAGAACCUUAAGAAGUUCACAGAGUCAAAGCGCAUGGGAGGAGGCGACAAGCAGUCGAUGCGCGACUUGUCACAGAUGAUAAAGAAAAUGCCUCAGUAUCAGAAGGAGCUCUCGAAGUACGCGACUCAUCUGCGCCUCGCUGAAGACUGCAUGAAGGCAUACCAGGGAUAUGUUGACAAGCUGUGCAAGGUUGAACAGGAUCUUGCCAUGGGUACUGAUGCUGAAGGAGAGAAGAUCAAAGAUCAUAUGAGAAGCAUUGUACCAGUCUUGCUUGAUCAGACGGUAACCAACUAUAACAAGAUGCGCAUAAUUGCCCUCUACAUAAUGUCUAAGAAUGGCAUUUCCGAAGAGAACCUGAACAAGUUGGUGACACACGCGCAGCUCGAGCCGGCCGACAAGCAAGCGCUGCUUAAUCUCGCCAAUCUUGGUCUUAACGUCGUCGUUGAUGGUAACAGAAAGAAGCAAUACCAGGUGCCUAGAAAGGAGCGCAUCACAGAACAAACGUAUCAGAUGUCACGAUGGACGCCAGUUAUCAAGGAUAUUAUGGAGGAUGCGAUCGACGAUAAAUUGGACCAGCGCCAUUUUCCAUUCCUGGCGGGCCGCGCUCAGACCUCCGGUUACCAAGCACCUACUAGCGUUCGUUACGGCCACUGGCAUAAAGAUAAAGCACAACAGACCAUCAAAAAUGUUCCGCGCCUUAUUGUCUUUGUAGUCGGAGGUGUAUGUUUCUCGGAAGUCCGUUGCGCUUAUGAAGUGACAGCUGCUCUCAAGAACUGGGAGGUCAUCAUUGGCUCCUCCCACAUUCUGACCCCCGACACUUUCUUAGCAGACCUCAACUCCCUUAGCGCCUAAUCUUACAGGCAACAUAAUAUCAUAUUUAAUAUUUAAAACCUUUAAUAUUCUUCUUAUCCUUAAUAGAUUCUAACAUUCAGUACAUGUUGUUAUAGACUAGACGUGUAUAAUCUGUAAGUAGCUUAGACUGUCACAAAAACAAACAUUCAUAAAUUAAUCACAUACAAAUUAGAUAAAAUAGUAUUGUAGAUUAAAAAAUAUUUGUCUCUAAACAGCAAACCAUAG